AUGAACGUAGUCURUGUAACCAAAGAUGAUGGGAGUGUAGAUGAUAGGUUUAGUGUAUGGAGGCUGAAGAGCGGGGAAUGGCAACUAGUAUCUGAAAUCGRCGCCGAGAAUGGUUUCAAUUAUUUUCCGUUUGCAGUAAACCCUGUUGACGGUAAGUCAGUCUACUUUGCGAGCAGGUAUGGCAAGCGUUUGCUAUCCAUGAACUUACUCAACGGGGAAUUUGUGUAUCACAAGAAGUUCGAACGUAGCAUCGAUGGUCGUAUUUCGAGGUCAGUUGAAGGCGAGAAAAUUAGGACAUGCAUCAGUGGCUCAACCUUUUCGUCGUUCGUUCUGCCACAAUGGUUGCAUCCGAUCCCGAACAAGGUGAGAAAAGCUUAG